AAAAAAUCUAAAUACUCUGUACAUGACUAGUUCUGGACUAAGUGGUGAGCUUCCAACUUCUCUAUCCAAUCUUACGGCCAUGCAGACAUUGAUGAUGUCAGGCAAUAAUUUUACAGGCAAAUUACCAGACUUCAUAGGAACUUGGUCAAACCUAAAAGUUUUGAGGAUACAAGGGAACUCCAUCAGUGGUCCAAUUCCUUCAAGUUUUUUCAAUCUCUUCAAUCUUAAUGAUUUACGCAUAGGAGACUUAAUAAAUGGGUGUUCAUCACUGGAAUUUCUUGGGAAUAUGACAAAUCUAAACAUACUAAUCUUAAGGAAUGCCAAGAUUUGUGAUACUCUUCAAUCAAUCUUUGACUUUGCAUAUUAUAAAAGUUUAGUGACAUUGGAUUUGAGCUUCAACAACAUCACAGGCAAUAUUCCACUGUCUCUACUUAGUCUGAGCUCUCUAAACUACUUAUUCCUUGGGAAUAAUAGCAUAACAGGCACCUUACCUAGAACAAAGAUCUCAACACUGAGUAAUAUAGAUCUAUCAUACAAUCAAUUGUCAGGGAGCUUUCCAAACUGGGUCAACGAUCCAAACUUAGUGUUGAACUUGGUUGCCAACAACUUUAUCAUAGACAAUUCCAAUAACAGUGUCUUACCUUCAGGAUUAGAGUGUCUUCAAAGAGACAUGCCAUGCUAUAGAGACUUGCCAGCUUAUUAUCAAUUUGCAAUAAAUUGCGGUGGAGGUGAAAAUGUGACGAGUUCUGAUGGAACUAACUUCGAGAUAGAUAAUGCUAAUCUCGGUGCAACAUCUUAUUUUGUGACUAAUGUAAAAAAAUGGGCAGUAAGCAAUUCUGGAAGCUUUAUAGAUGCCUCAAAUCCUAAUGCAAAUUAUAUAAUUAGUUCUCAGAUCCAAUCCCAGAACACACUUGAUUCAAAAUUGUUUAAGACUGCAAGGACGUCACCAUCCUCAUUAAGAUACUAUGGCUUGGGACUUCAAAAUGGGAAUUACACGGUAAAACUACAGUUCUCUGAGAUUGGAAUACCAGAUCAACCCACUUGGGAAAGCUUAGCUAGAAGGGUCUUUGACAUUUAUAUACAGGGCAAGCUUAAGGAGAAGGACUUUGAUAUAAGAAAGGAAGCUGGUGGGGAAUCUUUUACAGUAGUUUUGAAGGAGUACCAAGCUCCUGUAACAAACAACUUCCUAGAAAUACAUUUAUUUUGGGCAGGAAAGGGUACACAUUUUAUUCGUAGUUCAGGAUAUUAUGGGCCAUCCAUUUCUGCAAUCAGUGUAUCUCCUUAUGACUUCAUUCCAUCUGUGAGCAACAAACCCCCACAUUCCUCUUCAUCAAAUAACAAUACAGGUAAAGUUGUAGGGAUUGUAUGUGGUGUUGUGGUUUUGGGACUUACCGUGUUCGUGAUACUAGUGUGGAAAUAUAAACAAAAAAAUCUUAAAAAAGAUAAUGAAGAGUUGUCAGGAAUGAGUGCCAUACCAAAUACAUUCAGCUAUUCUGAACUGAGAACAGCUACUGAGGAUUUCAACCAAUCUAAUUUUCUCGGAGAGGGAGGAUUCGGGCCCGUAUUCAAGGGUAAACUACAUGAUGGAAGAAUGGUAGCGGUAAAGCAACUAUCAGUAGCAUCUCAACAAGGGGAGAGACAAUUCACGACAGAAAUAGCAACUAUAUCAGCAGUCCAACAUCGUAAUCUAGCUAAGUUGUAUGGUUGUUGCAUUGAGGGAGACAAAAGACUCUUGGUUUACGAGUACCUAGAAAAUAAGAGCUUGGAUCAAGCUAUUUUCAGGAAAAAGGAUUUGCAUCUUGACUGGGAAACACGCUUUGAGAUUUGUUUGGGAGUAGCAAGAGGCUUAGCCUAUCUUCAUGAGGAAUCAAGAGUGAGAAUUAUUCACAGGGAUGUAAAAUCUAGCAACAUUCUAUUAGAUGGUAAUCUUACCCCAAAGAUAUCAGAUUUUGGUUUGGCAAAGCUUUAUGAUGAUAAGUGGACUCACAUUAGCACAAGAGUUGCAGGCACAAUAGGUUAUUUGGCACCUGAAUAUGCUAUGAGAGGACACUUAACAGAAAAGGCAGAUGUAUUCGGUUUUGGAGUUGUUGCUCUUGAAGUUCUCAGCGGAAGGCCUAAUUCAGACCUUGAUCUUGAGGAAGAGAAAAGCUACUUGCUCGAUUGGGCUUGGCAUUUGUACGAGCAGAAGCAUGAAUUGGAGUUGGUGGAUCCAAGUCUAUCAUCAUACAAUAGAGAUGAAGCUACUCGAGUAAUUGGCGUUUCUCUUUUAUGCAUCCAAGCAUCGCCAACUAAUUAA